AUGGCAAGCAGCGCAAAGCUGGAGGUGUCGCAGCCUCCCCGGGCUGCUGUUCCCGUGAAAAAGGUGCAUUAUCCGUUCUGGUUUGGUGGCUCUGCAUCAUGCUUUGCGGCCGCUGUGACGCACCCUUUGGAUCUUGUGAAGGUAAAUUAUUCCUAG